UGUUGCUUGUGUAAUGCGCUCCGUGUAUGUUCAGCGAUGGAGUGUGUGAAUAAAGCGGGUCAGCUUAUGAGUCUAGCAGCUCUACAGCAAUACGAUCCCUACAUAGUCAAAUUACUAGACGUCACCGGACAGGUCGCACUCUACACAUUCAACUCUAAUGCAAACGAAUGGGAAAAGACUGAGAUUGAAGGCACAUUAUUUGUUUAUGCCAGGUCAGCAUCCCCUUAUCAUGGCUUCACAAUCAUGAACCGUUUGAGUACGGAAAACUUGGUGGAGCCAAUUAAUAAAGACUUGGAAUUCCAGCUCCAAGAUCCCUUUCUACUGUACCGGAAUGGCAAUUUGGGCAUCUACAGUAUCUGGUUCUAUGAUAAGGAAGACUGCCAGCGGAUAGCACAGCUCAUGCUACAGAUAGUGAAACAGGAGGCGUUGCGAGCACAGCAGGCCUCUCCUGACAGAAGUUUGAGCAGCAGAACGAACAGUUGUGUUCACACCAGACCCACAGAUAUCCUGGAGCUUCUCAGCAAAGCUAAAGAGGAGUAUCAAAGGAGUCAGUCGAUUGAGAGAGAUGUUCAGAUGAAGUCUGAAGACGUGCAGUCCCAGGACAAGAGCGAAGACAUAACAGACCGUACCGCAAUGACAACACCACAGGAAAAGUCAGGUCACUCAAUAGUGAAGCAGAUCACAGUGGAGGAACUGUUCAGCAGCUCUUUACCCAAAGAAACGCCUCCAUCAUCAAACUCCACCCCAGCGGACAGCAUGCGUGGGCUGAUCUUUGCCCCUCCACCUCACUCUGUGGAGCCUCUUUUGACCCCGUGCUUUACUGCUGACCCAGGAGGCCCAGCACUGGUUUCCAUGCUCCAGGGUGUCAGCGCUAGACACCCCCAGCACCCUAUCACCCCCAGAGCAGCAGAGGAGAGCGUGGUGGGGUCCAUUGGUCCUUUUCCUCCUGCAUAUAUGACUCCGCUCACAGAUAGGCUGCCCGGGUUCCUGCCCAGCCCUUUAGUCACUCCACAGAGCUUCAGAGAAUCUGCCUGCAAAGUUUCAGCAUCCUUCACAGGAAAGAGCACAACAUCAGCACAGAGUAAAGAAGUGAAUGCUUUUACACAGCCUCAGACUCUGGUCAAACCCAUUUCAGCAGGUCCAGUUGUCCAGGGGGAGGAGUCUUCACUGCUACUGUCUCCCAGUGUAUUUCAGCAUUCUAUCACCAAGACAAAAGAGCCACCAAAAAAUCCCACCUCCCCUCCAUCACCCACCAGCACAGAUCUGCCCUCUGUACUGUACAGUCGAGUUCAUUUACAAGAUACACUUGUACAUCUCAUAAAGAAUGAUGCCCGUUUCCUAAGUACAAUCCACGAGGCUUAUGUUCAAAGCCUCACUAAAAGCCUCAACAACAUCAAGUUAUAACCACACAAUCUGCUGGAGCCAAUGUGUGCUACAGAUUCAGCAUUAACCACUGAAGCUGUCAUUACUGGACUACACACUGGUUCUUAAUAAUGUGUUCUAAAUCCUGAAGCCAUACACUGUUGGCCCUUAUGAACAGUAGUUUCCCAACUACACCUGACUGUCCUAUUGCAUCCAACUGGCUGUAAUAUUCCAUUGCACUGAGAUUCCCCACUGGAAACAUAAUGGUAUUCUCAACUCAAUCUCAUGACCUCAUGCCAAUCUCUUGUUUGACAGUCUUUUUUUUAUGAUUUUGGACCCACUUUAUAUUAAGAGUCUUUAACUACUAUAUACUUACAGUAAAACAAAUAUUUAGCAUUUAAUACAACAUGCUCGUGAGAUUUUUGCAGAAGAACACGACACAUACUGUAUGUACACAAUAAAUACAUCAAAUGCUUAUUUUUUUAAGCAUAUAGUUAAGACAUCUAAAAUAAAGUGGGACCUCCCAGUUUGUAAUGCUUUCAGUAACUCCCUGCAAUUUGACUGCUUAUGUUAAGGGACUUGUGCAAUACCAAUCAUUGCCUUUUUGGGAAAUUGCUUUUCAUUUAUGACUCUGCUUUAGACAUUGGAUAUAUGAUAUGGUGAUGAACAAGAAAAGAUGUCAGUAAGUUUAAUAAGCCCUGAGUUUUUGUUUUGUAGCAUUGCAAUACAGAGUUUACACGUCUCAACGGGUUCCCAUAGACGGUAAAUAACUUGUUGAUGUUAAAAAAAGUAUAUGGGAAAAAAAAGCACUUAUUCCCUCUUUUCUUACAAACAUAGUUGAUUAUUUUUGGCUUCAAAGAUAAAUUAGUGAAUAAAUAAAAUGUUGGGAAAGAUUAACUUUUUUUUUUCUCCAAUACCACGGUUAUGAUUAAAUGGUAGACUUUGUCAGCACUGGUGUACCAGUAAUGGCUCCAUUGAUGUAUUGCCUUUCUUUAAUGGCAAACAGAGUUUGUUUUAAGUGAAAUCAAGACUGAAUUUUUGGUGUUCCCUAACUAAUGUGUUGCAUUAUCGGAUAGUUUGUGAAAUUGUUCUGAUGACAGUAGGUCUGUGGGGAAAAAAACAAUAAAAAGCAAGAAUUGUA